CACAGGCGCCCCGCGUGAAAAGCACCGAAACUAGGGUUCGCGAGGUUGGCCCCGGUAGGGCUUCAAACAUCAUCAUGAGCUCUUCGGAAACAACCCAACAGCUUUCGAGUCCGGACGACGUCGUGGAGGAGCGGAAUGAGCGGCGGCACGAGAAUGGUAAAGAGAAUCAGAGCGAGGACUAUUACUUCAAUCAAAAAAUCUCAGUUCCGGUCACCGACACAUACGAAGUCUUCAGCUGGAGGAAGCUAUGGGCGUUCACGGGACCGGGGUUCCUCAUGUCGAUCGCCUACUUGGAUCCGGGAAACAUCGAAUCAGACCUCCAGUCUGGGGCGACCGCUAGCUACAAAUUGUUGUGGCUGCUUUUCACGGCGACCGCCUUCGGUCUAGUCAUGCAACGGUUGUCCGCUCGCUUAGGUGCUGUGACGGGUCAUCAUCUCGCAGAACUAUGUCGCAUAAGUUAUCCACGAGCGCCCCGAUUUCUGUUAUGGGUACUGGUGGAGAUCGCUGUCGUGGGGAGUGAUAUGCAGGAAGUCAUCGGAACGUCGAUUGCGCUUUAUCUAUUGACCAAUGGAAUGAUUUCUGUGUCUUGGGGCGUGAUCAUCACGAUUUGCGACACUUUCACUUUCUUGUUGUUGGAUAAAUACGGUUUGAGGAAGUUGGAAGCGUUCUUCGCUUUUUUGAUAACGGUCAUGGCCUUGACGUUUGGCUACGAGUACGUCAAGAUAGCCCCGCCUCAGGGUGAAGUCGUUAAAGGGCUAUUCCUCCCUUGGUGCGAAGACUGCGGUUACAAUCAGCUCAAACAAGCCGUUGGAAUAAUCGGCGCUGUGAUCAUGCCUCACAACCUUUACUUACAUUCGGCGCUUGUCAAGUCGCGGAGCAUCAACAGACGUGAUCGGCGAAAUAUCUCUGAAGCGAACAAGUACUACUUCAUCGAGUCCGCCAUCGCUCUCCUCGUUUCACUGAUCAUUAAUAUUUUCGUCAUGGCAGUCUUCGCGACGGGUUUAUACGGGCGAACCAACCACGAUAUCCACGACAUGUGCCUGAAUUCGACAAUUCCCUAUAUUCACACCGAUGUCUUCGAUGACAACCAAGAGCCAGUAGAGGCCAGUCUCUACAAUGCUGGAAUUUUCCUGGGUUGUCGCUUCGGGCUCACACCUCUGAUCAUCUGGGCCAUAGGAAUCCUAGCCGCGGGUCAAAGUUCGACGAUGACCGGGACCUAUGCCGGCCAAUUCAUCAUGGAGGGUUUCCUCAACUUGAACAUCAAGCGGUGGAUGAGGGUUCUCAUCACUCGAACGAUAGCCAUCGGACCAACACUCCUAGUUUCAUCGGUCGGAACAUUGAAACAGCUAUCGGGAAUGAAUGACUCCCUGAAUGCUCUGAUGUCGCUGCAGCUGCCCUUCGCGUUGAUUCCGUGUCUCACAUUCGUCUGCUCGGACAACAUCAUGGGAGACUUCAAAAGCGGAAGGUGGACCAAAUCGUUUGCCUCGAUUCUCUCGUGUGUGGUGAUUGGCAUAAAUCUUUACUUCGUGUUCCAAUUCGUCAAUGACAAUCUGCCGAAUCACGUGGCGAUCUAUAUCCUCGCGGGCGUAUUCGCUGUAUCGUAUCUUGGUUUCAUCGCCUACCUCGUCGGUUGCCUUCUCGUCAUUUUCGGCUGGACGAACCUCAUCAAUCUCCCGGUUAUUGGUCCGCACCUAAAAUUGAAAGAUUUCGAUCAAGCGAGUCUCUACUCGAACAGUGACGACACCCUGGAUUCGGAUUCAGUGGCGCUGCUUUCGAACGAAGGAGGAGAGGAUUGGCGAUUUACCUGGAGUUAAAGAUCGGAAUGCUAGUCAAAAUGAAUCAUCAACCUAAAGCUGCUAGUCUGCCGGAGAUUUCAUCCCCGCUCGGUAUUUUUUCUCUCCACUGCAUGCAAGCUGACUUCAGUUAAAGCGCUUCUUCUGUGCCUGGAUUCCCUCCGAGCACGGUUUGAUUCGCUGAUUUCGACGAGCUAGGGUUCGUGGGCGGAGGAGGACGCGUUCCUUCUCGGUAGAUGUGUUGUCGUUGCUUCUUCGGCACAAAAGAGCAGAACGCGUAGAUGGAGCUUUAAAGGUCCGGGGAUGGUCGGGAGAGAGUCGUCCAGCGAUGAGUCAUCUCUGCCGUCUGACGAUGAUGAAAACAGCACCUGCAUUCUUUGAGGGUCGAUCCCUAGUCGGAGUUGUGGCUCGAGUCAGCUGUGAAGGCCGUCCUCAACCGGAUAUUUUUUUCUUGAAUUGUAAAUGGAAUCGCUCCGAUGGAAGGUGAGAAUGGGCGGUUCCAUGGGAGAUCUGAAAACUCCACCAGCUGGGGAAGUCGGCUCUGCGUACGCAGUGACAUCUCCGAAGGUCGUUCAUUAGGAAGCCCUCAUGAUAUCGUGACUGACAGUGACGAGGGAGAUUUAUCGAAAAAGACUGUGAUUCUGUACAGAAAAAUCGUAGCACAAUUGUUGGGUAUCGGACUCGAUGUCCUCCAUGUGAUGCCCGUAAACCGGAUUCAGCUGUAGCUUUGAGAGGAAAAAUGGGGUAAUAAAGAACGAACGGCGUGUCGAUAA